AUGGCAACAGUCUCAGUGAACGUCCCUCCGGAGAUCUGUCCCGAGGUCCCCGCAUUCACUCUAUGGUCUGAGCUCGUGGAGCAGCAGCAGCGUGGUGAGGUUGACCAGCAAUACUGUGUAUCUUACAAUGCUAACUGUGUAUCCUCUGUAGUUCCAGCAAGUUCACGCAACAGUGGCUUCAACGUCAACGACCCUGUAUGGCCAGUCAACCAAGAUAGCGUAACCGCGAGGGGAAGGCUCCUGUCUGCCUACUACGGCACGGUGCCGAUCGACAUGGGCCAUGCGACUGCGGGUUCGCCAGACGACGAGUUAUCACAGGAUCAUGCGGAAGUUCUUACCAAUGAUGCUCGAAACACGGUUCAAACAGAGCGGUACGGUCCGAAGUCGUUCAUUCAAAAGUUCCUCCGCGGGAAGUACAGUACCAUCGAGGUGAAGACACUUGCUACGAACUGGAGCUUGGAGGCGAUUGUGUGUCAGUUUGCAGUUCCAGGCGAAGACCAAGCAGCAAGAGAUAUCCGAAACGCAAACUGCGAGGUAUAUCUCCAGGGUGUCCAAGAUCUUGAGCAGCUAUGGGAGCGUGAGUAUGCUCACGCUUUCAAGUCUGCUGUCAAGUCUGCUGCUGAUGCCAAGGGUCUGAACAAGAAGCGGCUGGAACGCGCUCGCGAACACUACCUGGCGAUGAAAGGCGCGCCCCCAGUCUUUGACAUUGAUCCACCCAAUGGUGGUCAGUACUGGGUGUCAGCACGCGAGUGCCAACAGGAGAAGCUGGUCCCGUUCAUGAACCGGGCCAAGGUUGAUCGUCUGAGGGCGUACGAGGGGUACUUCACAAAAUACAUGGUCGCAUCUCAUUACAACACUAUCAUGAACAUCGUGGACAUUCGUCGGCUUGGUGAGAAUUCCAACAUCCACGGCAUCCCCCAGUUCUGGUCGAUGAUCCUCAAUCAAUGGACAAACACUUGCGAUCUUGUACUCAGACACAUAACGGACCCUCAGCUCGGCAUUCGUAGGGAAUUGUUGAUGAUAGAUCCGUCACUCCGCGCGGCCGCCUACCACAAUUGGUCAGACCGUAGCCUUGAGUGCUUCUAG